AAUAUAAACCAUGGCCAACAUGAAAGUCAUCUCCUUUGCUUUGCUCGUUGCUCUUCUCUUCUUCGCCGAUGUUGAAGUGGCGAUGGGCGAUGAUUCCCUGUGCUGCAACACUCACCCGAAGUUUGGGAAAUGUAAUACAAAUCACGACGAAGAAAGAUGCAACCAGUGGUGUCUCAAAGGUUGUUCGAACCAGAAGGGCGGCUUUUGCAAACACUUUUCUCAUGGCGGGCAAUGCCACUGCUACUGCUAA